GUUAUAUUUUAUACUCAAUACGAUUUUAUAGGCAAUAUUUUAUCUGUUGUUCUCUAGCUUUGUUUAAGUUUCAUAGCCAAAUGCUGAUAUUAUGAAGGCCAUUAUUCAAAGAGUUAUGAAAGCAAGUGUCACGGUUGGUGAUGAAACAGUCAGUUCGAUUGGAAGUGGUGUUUGCGUCUUACUCGGAAUAUCACGAUAUGAUACUGUGAAGGAGAUGGAUUCCAUAAUCAAAAAGAUUUUAAACUUGCGAAUUUUUGAAGAUGAUGAUGGUAAAAGAUGGAACAAAAGUGUUAAAGACAGGGACAUGGAAAUUUUGUGUGUGAGCCAGUUCACCUUACAGAGCAUAAUGAAAGGGAACAAAUUGGAUUUUCAUCGUGCAAUGUCAGCAGACAAAUCUGAAGAAUUUUAUAAUUUAUUUUUGGAUAAAUUGAGAAAAAGUUACAAAAUAGAUAAAGUGAAAGAUGGAAAAUUUGGAGCAUAUAUGCAAGUUCAUAUUCAAAAUGAUGGACCUGUAACUGUUGAACUUGAUUAUCCUCCCACAAAACCUGACAAAGCUGAUGAUGCAAAAGAAUCUGAAAAGGAUUGAAAUCUCUUCAAUAACUUCUCGAUACAGACUGAGAAGGUUAAACAGCAAGAUUUUAGUGUAAAUGCAAAGUUGAAGAAUUCAGUUCAUGCGAACAAUUAUGGAUGAUACUGCAGAUGGAAUUACAUACAUUAUAAUAAAGGAAAUAUCCUAGCAACUUUAGAAAAUUGAAACAUUCAAUAUGGGAAAAUAAUGGAGUACAUGGUUUAUGCAAUGAAUUUGUAUAGUCUUUUCACAGUUGCAAAUUUGUUGUCGACGGACUUGCAUAGGUUAAUUAAUAGAACUGGGUAGUCAAUACUGGGUAGUCAUCCAAUACUAUGUUGAAUCAAAUUUUUAUAUUUCUUGAAGUUGGUGUUUCAUUAGACAUUGAAUAAUAAUAAUAUCAAAUAACAUUUCAAAAGUAUAAUAAUUUGCAACAAGUAGAAUGAUCACGGUCUGCUGACCGAAACAAAAUGGCAGCUAUAAAAAAAAAAAAAUUAGUCUUUACUCUUGAGCUAAUUUGGAAAGUUAGGUAUUCCAUUCAAAGUGACCACCCUUAGUAAUCUGAAAUUUGGCUAAUAUAAUAUAGAGUGUAUCUAAAAUUGAAACAAAACUGUUGUCGAUUUAAUGUUUUUUUUAUGAUAUAUCUGGCAUAUAUAUAUAUAUAUAUGAUUUUAAAACUCUCAUUGAUUGAAUGAGGUAGUGUGAAUAUCUGGGUCCCUUCAUGCAAUUCUUUGUUUUAUGUAAAUUCUGAAAAUCUAUCAAAUGGUAAUUAGACAUUGAUCUUAAUUUGUUUAACAAUCCACCUAACCAAAGUUUCAAUCUUGUUUGUUUAAUGGUAG